AUGACAAAGUUAGGCAUCACCAUAGACGAAUUGUCUCGAAGUCGUCUCAUGAUUCAAGGCUUCAAUCAAGGGGGCCAAAGAGCCAUGUGCAUGAUCAUAAUUGAGCUUGUGAUAGGUGAUUUAAGGUCCAACACCUUAUUUCACGUAAUUGAUGCCAAGACUUCCUACAAUAUUCUCUUAGGAAGGCCGUGUGUGCAUGAAAAUGGGAUAGUGCCUUCGACUUUACAUCAAUGUUUCAAAUUUUACAGAGGUGGAGUGAAGAAAAUCCUGGGUGAUGUCAAACCAUUUACCAAAGCCGAGUCUUAUUUUGCCGAUGCCAAGUUUUGCAUGGAUGAAGACAUGGUAUCUGAAGUUAUCCCCGCUGAGGUCCACUCGACAGGCAAGACCAUACCAAGAAAAGAUGAGCAAUCAAAGUGCCUUUUCGCUGAAGAGAAUGGUAAUAAUAAGUCAAAAAGCACCGCCUUUGAACAAAUGGGAUCACCACCGAUAGAUUCAUAG